AUGAAUUGGGAUACUGCAGAAGGCCAGCCGAUGGAUGAAUCGAUGGGAUUCAUCUUCGAAGAUCCCGUAACAUACGAGAUAAUGGAUGACGAGGAGACCACCUGCCCCGUAUGCAAUACCAACUUCUACAAGCAGGACGUGGUGCCCAACUACAAGCUCAGGGAGGCCAUCGAUCGAUACCUGCAGGACAAAGAGGCCCGCGACAAGCUCGCCGAGGACGAGAGGCGCCGCGCCGAACAGGACAAACAGCGAAUCGACGAGGAGAGGCGGCACCGCGAGGAGCUCAGCGAGCAGGUGAGGCUCGAAGAAGCGCAGCGAAGGCGCGCCGAGGAGGAGAAGGCCCGGCUCGAGGCCGAGAAGGAGAGAAUCGAAGCCGAGAACCGGCGCAUGGAAGCCGAGUUCGCGCGGCUCAAGGACCAGGAGCGGAAGCGCAUGGGCGAGCUCGAGGAGAUGAGGCGCCAGCACCAGCAGCUGGAGCUGGAGCGCGACGAGAAGCGGCGGGCCGAGGAGCAGGAGCGCAAGCGGCUCGAGGAGGACACGCGCAAGCGCACGGCCGCGGAGCAGCACAAGCUGCGAGAGCGCGAGGAGGAGAACCGGCGGCGCGAGGAGGAGGAGAAGCACCGCCUGGAGGAGAUGGAGCGCCGGAGAGUCGAGCUCGAACGAAAGCUGCGCAUCGAGAAGGAGGAGAUGCAGGAGCUGCGACGAAAGUGCAUGAUGUUGGAAGAAGGCACGCGAUACAAGAGUAGGAAGACACAGGAGCAGAUAUGGUCAGUUUGGAAUUACAUACCGUCGGUCCCCAUAGCGAUGCCCACGAGCUGGAGUCUGUCGUCGUGGAUUUGGGGAUCGUCCACACCGACCGGUCCACUUGUCCAUAAGUUUACGGAUUACAAGAUCGAUUGUAGGCGCGGGUCGCACAGGAACUGUCCGGUGUGGCGAGCCGUGGAGAAGAAGCAAGGGGACGUAGUAGCGUUGAAGAAGCUGCCCAGCAGCGGAGGAAACACGCUGGUGUUCCGAGAGCCCAUGCUGCAUCACAGUCUCUCUCACCCCAAUAUCCUCGAGCUUAAAGGCAUAAUGCGGGAUGAAACAAAGAAUGAUGUUUACAUGGUGCUUCCCUUCGUCGAGUAUGAUCUAGAUCACGCGAUCAACGCCAUCAACACCCCAUUCAACACAGCCCAGCUUCGUCACCUGAUGAACCAGCUCCUGCUCACCGUUUGCUAUCUUCACUCAGCCCACAUCGUGCACCGGGAUAUCCAACCGACCUCCAUCAUGCUCAGUCACGCGGGUAACGGGCGCAUCUGGCUCACCUCGCUCGGCAAGGCGCGCAAUCUGUGCAACAAGCCCUUUGACAUCCUGCCGGCCUCGUCGUACCUGGGCUAUCGCGCGCCGGAGAUCAUCCUGACGGCGCCCCACCUGCAGAAGAAUCUGUCGGAGGAGGACUGGAAGGCCGCCGACGUGUGGAGCUGCGGAUGCAUCCUCGCACAACUUCUCUUCAAGAAGCCGCUGUUUGUGGGAACGGGCACGGACCACCAGGACCGGAUCCUGAAGAGCAUCCUCUCCUACGCCGACUGCGUGCGCACGCUGGGCGACAUGCCCUCGCGGUUCACGCUGCUCAACACCCACCCGGCCAUCGAGGCCGAGCCCACCCGAUCGCUGCGGCAGCUGUUCUUCCCCGAGGAGGACUACGACGAGCCACCAGCGGGAUCGCUGCGGCGCAAGGGCAAGGGCCAGGGCCAGGCGGCCAAGGGCAAGGCCAAGGCCGCCGUGGUGGCUGCGCCUGGGAGGGACGAGCCGCUCGAUCUCGCCAACGCCGGCGCCGUGGCCGUGAUGGACGAGCGCACCAAGGAGGAGGCUCUCGACCUGCUCAGCAAAAUGCUCACCUUCGACCCCGAGCAGCGGAUUACGGCGUACGACGCGAUCAACCAUCCGUUCUUUGCGUGUUUCGAGAGCCUGCGGGAGAGGAGGAAGAACCUCUGGCAGUGCCCCGACGACAUCCUUGCCUCGCUGCGCGACGAGAACGUGACCCGAUUCCUGACCUCCGAAUGCGCCGGCAUCGUCUGA